UUAACUUCUGUUUCAAGUGAUUCUGCUAAUCCAGCUGAAAGGGAAACGGAUGAAGUGGUUCUGAGGAGAAGACAAAAACAGAUCAAUUUUGGGAAGAAUACCCUUGCGUAUGACAGAUACAUUAAAGAAGUUCCAAAGAAUCAGCGAAUACCAGGAGUUCAUCCUAGAACUCCCAACAAAUUUAAGAAGUACAGCCGAAGAUCUUGGGACCAGCAGAUCAGGCUGUGGAAGAUAGCACUGCAUGCCUGGGAUCCUCCUACUGAAGAAACCUGGGAUCUGCAGCCAGUUCCCUGUUCUCCAGAUUCUUCUCCAGUAUGGAAACGCAGAAAAAGAAACAAUUCUGACUCUUCUGUGAUUUCAAAGAGCGAAAACCAUUAUGUGCAUAUGUACCACACACUGGAAAGUCUUACUGAAUCAGGAUAUCAGGAGGCUUUUUCAAAGUGCUCAGAGUGGGAUGCCUUUGGUGAAAAUGAUGAAGUAAUGACAGUACAACAGGGUAUAGAAAUAACAAG